GCUAGCUAAGGUUAGCCAAUGAGAAAAUAGCGACUUUAGAAAGCAAAAAAACUGCAUAUUCAGUAUCAAUACUUUGAAAAAAACUGACUUGCCUUCAUGAAAAUGCCGAGAGCAAACACGCCGGAAGGGAGAUAUGGUGUAGAAAGUCGUUUCACCGCUGCGACCCAGGCCAUCUGACGCCGCUUCGUUAGUUCCUCAACCUGCUGUCUAUAACCUCUUUUCCAAGAGGGAAAACGAAAAAAUCUUACGUCGUGGUCAACUUUGCUGCCAUAUUUGUCGUGUGAUUUAGUUUGGCAGCCUUUCAAACAACACGAGUGUCCCAUUUAUCAAAGACAAUGAUGAAAGCAAAGACGAUUCUCACUGCUCAGUUGUUUACAAUAAGUGUACACUCAAAAUGGCGAUUCAACCCACAAUGCACUGCGGCUUUUGACAGCGUUACGUCACCUGACAAAGACCGAUUGGCAUGCGUGUUUCUGACUGCCAACUUAUAGGCCAAGCCGUGCACAUUAAGAGCAGCACAGACACUAAAUUGCAAACAUGAAACCGGAAACAACACAUGGGAAGUAACGUAUGUGAAGAUGUGGAAUAAGACAAGCUAUAAAGAAAGUUGCUUCAACUUUCAUCAUCUGGAAACAUAAGUAAUUUUUAAAUCGUUCUUCAUUAUAAAAACUUAUACUGUAGGUAACAUUAGAUCUUGACCGACUGACUUACUAACUGUCCAAUAAAUGACUUGCUGUGAGUCACUGGAGAAAAGAAUAUCAAAAUUUGUAUUCCAAAUUCAGUGCAGAUGACACAGUGGGUGUAGGAUAAGAAAACAUGCAAAAGGAUGGUCACUGAAUUGGAGGUAGCGUUUUGAACAGGAAGCUUAACUUUAUGUGGUUAGCCAAGUGUUGCAGAGUACUUGACAACAUAGUACAGGAAGCUACCGUACUAUAUCUUAGUUGCUCCCUUUUCUACAACUGGGUAUUUUGCCUGUGCGACUCUUCUCUUAUCAAUCAUAGAAAAAAAAUUAUUAGAUAAAUAAAAUCUCCACAUGGCCCAGGGAAAGGAUCAGUCGUUCGCCAGCCGUUUUUUUCUCAUAUGUCGGAAAAGUAGCCAAGAACAAAGAGGACAAGAAAGUGAGGUGCCUCACAUCUCUGAGUUCACCAUCAUGUGGAAUACGUUAAUGAAAGAGUUCUUAGCUAAAGCCAAAGAAGAUUUUUUAAGAAAAUGGGAGUGUCCACCUCAGAGCACAACGUGUCUGGAUGACUUUGAAAGGUUCAAGACUCUGGGAACUGGUUCAUUUGGUCGAGUAUUGCUGGUCAAGCAUAAAGGAACAAACCAAUUCUACGCUAUGAAAGUUUUGGACAAACAAAAGGUGGUAAAAUUGAAACAGAUAGAACAUACACUGAAUGAAAAGAGAAUACUUCAGGCCGUCUCCUUCCCUUUCCUCGUCAGAUUGGAGUACGCUUUCAAGGACAAUUCAAACCUCUACAUGGUAAUGGAAUAUGUGCCAGGUGGAGAGAUGUUCUCACAUCUCAGACGUAUUGGAAGGUUCAGUGAACACCAUGCAAGAUUUUAUGCAGCUCAGAUAGUGCUCACCUUUGAGUACCUCCACUCAUUAGACCUCAUCUACAGAGACCUGAAGCCUGAAAACCUGCUUAUUGAUCAACAUGGUUACAUUCAGGUCACAGACUUUGGCUUUGCAAAAAGAGUAAAAGGAAGAACCUGGACGUUGUGUGGAACACCUGAGUACUUGGCACCAGAAAUCAUCCUCAGCAAGGGCUACAACAAAGCUGUGGACUGGUGGGCACUCGGUGUUCUCAUCUAUGAGAUGGCUGCUGGUUACCCUCCAUUUUUUGCUGAUCAGCCCAUUCAGAUCUAUGAGAAGAUUGUGUCUGGCAAGGUACGAUUCCCCUCCCACUUCAGCUCCGAUCUGAAGGAUCUGCUGAGAAAUCUGCUUCAGGUGGACUUGACAAAGAGAUUCGGAAAUCUUAAAAAUGGUGUUAAUGACAUCAAAAAUCACAAGUGGUUCUCAACAACAGACUGGAUUGCCAUAUAUGAGAGAAAGGUUGAAGCCCCCUUCUUACCCAAGUGCAGAGGACCUGGAGACACAAGCAACUUUGAUGACUACGAAGAGGAGGACAUUCGUGUCUCACAAACGGAAAAGUGUGCAAAAGAAUUUGCUGAAUUCUAGUCAGUGGAAGAGAGUCCCAUCAGGAUUUGUGUAUUCGGGAUAUUUGCACUCUCCUAGGGGGUUAAGGUGGAACUGUGGCUGACAUGUGUCCAAAACAAAUGCUCUAUUCUUUUGUUACACACGGAUGAAUGAGGCUUUAUGCCAUGCUCUUUACGUGCUGUUCAGCACACAAACCUGCACACAGGUACAUUAUGCAGACAUGCCCUUGUGUUGUAACAUAAGAAUAUAAGACCACCUUAUUAGCUAUAGUCCCCUUUUAUCUUAAAAUGUGUUUUUUAACAGUCGAUUUCAAUUAGAAUUGUUAUCUUUGGAAUGACAUCAAAUUGAGUUGUAUUCACAAGUCUCAUGAGGUGAUUCAUGGUAGCAUCUGUUACUGCUCACAUUAUUUUUUGGGGGCUACGUCAUUCAGCAUCUCUUGUGGAAAAUGACUUGCUUAUUGGUUUAAUUUAAAAAUGUUUUAGUUCCAACCAAGUUGAGUCGAGACCGAAGGUUUUGAGAAAUCAACAUUUUUCUCGCGCAGCUACAAGUUGUUACAAGUUGCCACAAGUUAUUAGAGCCACCAAUAUUGGUAUCAUUGUUUUUGUACAAAAUUAAUAUAUAAAAUAAAUACAAAUGUAUAUUUACAAAAAUUUAGGGCAGAGAUUCACAUAUGUAAGAUUCUUAGGCCUGAUAUAGUCAGUUUGGAUGUGUAUAGGACACAUAUAAGGGCCCACGACUAAAUGGGCACAUGAAAAUGGGGUAAUCAAUUUGUUACAUUGAAAAUGGUCUGUUGCCUUGCCCUUAAAUGUCAGAGUGAACAGACAGGAUGUAAAAGCAAGCCCUAGAAAGUUUAGUGACUUGCUUUGUCAAAUGCACCUCAGCAGUACUUGCCAUGUGAACUUCAAAAACUCCAGCAACAAUUACCAGUGCCCAAAAGUUUGGUCUGUAAUGGCUAUACUCCUUUGCACAGGCCCCCAAAUCUUCAUAAGAAAUUGGGUUGGAGUCCAAAAAAUAGUCAACAGCACCCUUGUAACAAAACAAAAAAGGACUUGCUUAGACACCCUAAAGAUGUAGACAUACAGUAUAAUUUUACAAGUUUUCUUUUUUCAUCCAAACGCUCGCUACAGGGGUAAAGCUUUGUGGCUAGUCUAAUCGACUCCUCUAGGCGUCAGUUGAUAAGCGUUGUUGCAUUGACAUUGAAUUGCCAUUGAAUGUUCAUGCUGAGAAAAAAAAGACACUCGCAACAAUUGUAUGUGCUUCCCAUAUCGUCUGUGCCUUUAUCAAUACGCAGCGCUCCAAAAAGAUACACAGGUGCAUAUACGCUGUUCACAAAAGAUAAGAAUUAUUUGGCUGUUUUACAGAACUUAAUUUUACCUCUAAGCUUUUAAGUGUACCUGCCCAACUAUGGGUACUUUCUGCACAACUUAUUGUUCUCUAAAAUUUGCAGGUCAGCUUCUUCUUGAGAACAAGUUGUGCAAAAAGGACUGAAAUAUGGAUCAAUUUGAGAUGGGCAAUUGCCAAAAAGCUUACAUGUCAAAUUAAGCUUGAUAAAUAUUUGGAUCUUCCUGAAAUUUCACCAAAAAAAGCUAAAUAUCCUAACCUUCAGGAGUACUGUGUGUACACGCACACAAUCGAUGAUUUUGGCAUGCUGAUAGUAAACUUUGCACAGGCGUGUAGGGAGGUAAACUUUUUUCAACUCUAUGCGAUCAGUGGCACAGUUGUUGGAAAAUUAGUUGACUCUCGUAUCACCAGUCUGUAGCUACCAAUUGUUCCUUGUAUACUGCAUGACUAAAACCAGCAGAUGAGAAAGUGAAUUCAGGAUUCUCACAUGGUGUGCCCAGUUUGGUUUUUGCAUGUGUUACAUGAAAUUUACACCACAGCAGGUUAAUGGGACAUCAUUUUACUGACUAUGGGGCUGUCAACUGCAAAUGAAAAGUUUUUUGUUUGUUUUUUUCCCCUCCAUGAAAUAGGAUGGAAUUAAACCAGAGCGAGAAUGGUGACUGGGGGUUAAUGGCUCAUGGUUACACUUUUUUAAAAGAACAAUUCAAGCAGUGAAGAGCUACGAUAUAUUUAGCUGUUUGCUUAGCUUUGACCAUAUACAGAAGCACAUAUAUAGCCACACGACAAGCUCAUUUUGGGCUGAAACUCAUUUUACAGACUGUGCAUUGUAGGUGAUAUUACUAGGGAUUUUAGUAUUUAUUUUGCACUGCAAUUUUACCAAAAAGGGGGUUUCACUUGCUCUUUAAGCUUUAGAAAGAUGGACUUGAUUUUUGACAGGCUGAUAGCUAGCAUCAAGGUACAUGCCUGAGUGUGUUUUGGCCACAGUUUAUUAUCAUUUAACACUCCCAACAUUGUCACCUAUAGGCAUAUGAGUGUGUAUUAUUGAAUAACAGUUUUUUUGUUUGUUUGUUUUUUGUAAGGGACGGCCAAAUAUUUGAGGGUACAAGAAGAUUUGCACUGAUAAAUUCAACAGCAGAUACAUAGGCAUUCAAGUAUCAAUCUGAAAUCAAUUUUGCCAUUCAUGUUAAUAUAUUGCAUCAUUUGUAGCAUUGUUACACCCAUAUGUAGUCAUUGGAGAUGUCUUGUACCGUACCUCAGACCUGAUGUAAUAUUGAAUGACUGAAAUUGAAUUUCAUAUUUAAGAUAUAUUACACAUUUUUAAGGUAAGGGGGGUAGAAAGAAGGAGGUUAUUUUCCGCACAUCCAGAAAUAUUUUAAGUGCUGUGUAGCAGAAUCUUUCUGAAUGUUGCUUAACAAUUGGUUUUGAAUGCUAAUUGUGGUGGAGCAGCACAUUCACAAGAAAUGUCACUGUCAUAUUUACUUGACUGUUUUUAGUAUGUUAUAUCUGACGCUGUUAAUUUCCAUGUACAGUAUUAGUUACUUUGGUACAACAGUGUUGCGUUUUAGUGCCCUUAAGCUGUUCCUAUCACUUAUUAUAUUUUGUUAGAUUUUUUGUUUGUUUGUUUUUCUUUUUAGCACUGAAUGUAUUAUCAGUUUUUAUUGUUGUGGCUUUUUCAUGCACAAUCACAUGACAGCAAAUAUUAAUAAUUAACAACAAAUGUGUAGCAGCAAACCAGACAUUCAAAUCGUUACUGCAGUAAUAAUGCAUAGUAUUUGCAUGAAAGUGUACACUGUGAUCGAGAGUUGCUUUUUUUGUAAGCUGCAUUUGGGGGCUCAUGUCUAUGAAACUGCGUUAAUUUAGUCUUGGACAAAGGUUUAGUGCAACUCGCAUUUUGUGUUUCACUAUUGUAGCUUUGCUAUAAAGCAGCAUUUUGGAAAUAUUCAAACUACAUGUGACGGCAGUAUACUGGUAAUGCAAAUCAAACUCCACAGAAAAGUAUGAAAAAAAUACAAAUGUUUUGAAUAUUUAAACAUUUUCAAUUGUUUUUGUUCAGCAUUUCUUCACAAAGUUAUGUAUCUCUCGUGUCAACGAAUUGAGGUUUUUUUUUUGUUUGUGUUUGUGUGUAAAGCAUUCCUCUGUUCAUGGCAUCCUGUUGCUGUAGUGAAAUUCCUGCCUCCGCUCAUCUUCCACUAGAGUGACACAAGUUGACAUUGUUUCUACAUUAGGAGUAUUUCUUACCAAUGCCUCUGUUCAACUUUAAUGCAGUACCAUAUGUCUAUUAAGCCUUGUAGUUAAUAAUGGAAGUUCUUCCAGAGGUUUGGCUUUGCUUUGAUCGACAUGAGAAACUUCAUGCAAGUCAAGCACUCAGGUUCGGGAAAAUUAAUUUCAUGUGUUUAGAUUUCGCUCCUUGCUAGAGAAAUUCAAGCAACUGUCAACAUCAUACUCACAUGUUUUAAAUUCUUAUAAAACUCAUUUUUGAUGGGUUUGUGCUCAGUGCACUAGAAAGGACACAAAAUGCAGAAGUUCAACUAUUCAAAAAUUUAGAACGUAGUUGAGCCAUGUUUUUUUUUUCCAUAAUUAUAUUUUUAUUCUGAUCUGAUUAGUUUUCUAAGACUGUCUUUUGCUUUUUGUUGCAUUUGAUAAAAGAAUUACGGUACAUUAUUUAAUCACAUUUAAUCUUCAUUUCAGCGAAUUAAUUUCUCUGAAGACAUUGACACUGCAGAUAUCAAUGCACAAUGAUGCCUCUCACACCAGUGAAAAAUGUAUAGCCCUUUAUUCAAAUUAUUUUUGUGUUAAUCACGUUUGCAUUUUUGGGGGGAGUUAAUAUAAAAAGGGUCCAUCAGAAAUUGUUGUGGGUCCAUUAUGUUUGGGCAACGUCUUCUAAUUAUCACCUUAACCAUCAGCAUGUUUCAAUCCAAACUGCCUGUGUGUCAAAUCCACCACAAAACUAUUUUUGUGUGAAAACCACAGCUCUUUCAGUGUUAUGAAGAACCUGUGUGUAAUGGUGUUUGUCAUAAUUAUGUGAUGUAAACAAUGGCACUUUCCCCCAAGCCUCGACACUCCUGAAUAAACAAGUCACUUUGGGUUCUCUCUGUAGUUAGUCUCGUGUGCCAGUAUGGGCCUAAUAACACUGACUUCCCUGCUAAUAAAUCAUACAGAACCAAAACACAACAAAUCCAUCAGAAUCUUGUUGGAUUUGUUAUGUUUUAGUAUUGCUGGUACAGAAACCAGCAUAUGAUUGAUUUCUUUGCAGGGUUUUCUUCUGUUUUAGUUUGUGGGAAGAUCUGCAUAUCUUAAUAAUGGAUGAUAGACUACAUUUAGCUCACUUACCUUUGUUUUA